UAUAGAGGACAUUCCACUACAGCUGAGCUAGAGGGACGCACCACCUGACAACAAAAUCUAUCGGCGCGAAUUAUAUUGCAAGAAUCAGUAAGAAACUUUCCCUCGCUAGAAAGCCACGGCUAUCCCCAGCUCAUCACAAGGUCAUAGUAUGGUCAGGAGAGUAACUGUGCAACAAUGGAAACAAUAAUACGACUCAAUAGUCAAACUGCAGGACGUGACAAGACAGCCAGACUUAUUCAGUACCUCUGCAAAGCCAUAUGGGACACUCUUGAAGCGAAUGAUAUCAAUAGUAAUUUAAUUGAUCAGCUACGUACCUUUGAACUCAGCCUCAGCACAUUCCGGAAAACACUCCGCUUGGGUAAAUGUGUUGAUGUAUUUUACUCAUCCCUCGCAUCACUUCACUACGAGGAUGCUGUGGUACGUGCAACGGUGACAUUGAGUAAGCUGGCUAGCUCAAUGUUCCUCUUCUGCGAUCAUGUCAUUUGGUUUGCAAGAACGGGCUUUAUAAAGCGAAUUGAUGUGGAUAAAUGGAACAAACUUUCCAAUAAAUAUUGGCUCUUCUCUAUCGUCAUGAACCUCUUGCGGGAUUUCUAUGAGAUCCGACGAUUGCUGCAGCAACAACCAAUGAAGAAAUUGUCCUGUGGAAGUCCUCGAGACUUUCUUAGCAUGCCCAUGGAGGCACUAAAAUGCAUCUGUGCGCAUAAACCCAUCAUGUUGGACACAAUUAGGAACCUCUGUGACUUGCUAAUUCCCCUCAAUGGACUAGGAUUUGCACGACUGAAUCCACGGACAAUUGGACUAUUGGGAUUUAUUUCUUCCGUGGUGGGAUUGAUGGCUCUCAUAGAGCCAACGGCAAAGCUUUCCCCGGCAUGAAUGCACAGCUGUGCAAAACUGUCUAGAUUGUUAAAUACAAGACUUCUACGUGGGCCAAAGGUUAAUGAGGAUAAUUUGCAUUUCUUCGCCAGGUUUUUUCUUUCUUUUUUUAUAUGUAAUAAAAUGGGGUGAAUGUUGACUUUGAGAAUCGUUAUGAGGAGAUUUUCACAAUAAAUUAUUUUUGUUUGUUAAGGAA